AUGAAGAGCUUCCUCCUCCUCACCGUGCUCUGCCUCUCCCUGGCCAGCAGCUUGAAAAGGGUGACCCUGACACGGCACCGCUCCCUACGGAAGACGCUGCGGGCCCGCGGGCAGCUCUCCCACUUCUGGAAGGCCCACGGGCUCAACAUGGUCCAGUACAGCCAGGACUGCACUGCCUUCACGGAGGCCAAUGAGCCCCUCAUCACCUACCUGGACCUGGAGUAUUUUGGGCAGAUCUCCAUCGGGACCCCUCCCCAGAACUUCACCGUGGUGUUUGACACCGGCUCCUCCAACCUCUGGGUGCCGUCCGUCUACUGCGUCAGCAAAGCCUGCACUGAGCACUCCAGGUUCCAGCCCUCGCAGUCCAGCACGUACCAGCCGAUAGGGACCCCCUUCUCCAUCCAGUACGGGACCGGCAGCUUGACGGGGGUCAUCGGAUCUGACCAAGUCGUCGUCGAGGGCCUCACCAUCAGCAACCAACAGUUCGCAGAGAGCGUCAGUGAGCCGGGAAAAGCCUUCCUGGACGCCGAAUUCGACGGGAUCUUGGGGCUGGCUUACCCCUCGCUGGCCGUGGACGGGGUCACCCCCGUCUUUGACAACAUGAUGGCCCAAAAUCUGGUGGAGCUGCCCAUGUUCUCCGUCUACUUGAGCUCGAACCCCGAAUCCUCGCUGGGCGGAGAGCUGCUCUUCGGUGGCUUUGACCCCUCUCGCUUCACGGGGACCCUGAACUGGGUGCCGGUCACCCAGCAAGGGUACUGGCAGAUCCAGCUGGACAACAUCCAGCUGGGUGGGACGGUGGUUUUCUGUGCCAACGGCUGCCAGGCCAUCGUGGACACCGGGACCUCGCUCGUCACCGGUCCCACCAAGGACAUAAAAGAACUGCAAGGCUACAUUGGUGCCAUGUCUGUGGACGGAGAGUUCGCCGUGGAGUGCAGCAACAUGAAUGUGAUGCCCGACGUGACCUUCACCAUCAACGGGCUCCCCUACACGCUCAGCGCCCAGGCCUACACCCUCAUGGAGUACAACGACAACAUGGCCUUUUGCACCAGUGGCUUCCAGGGCUUGGACAUCACCCCUCCUGCCGGGCCCCUCUGGAUUUUGGGCGACGUUUUCAUCCGUCAGUUUUAUUCCGUUUUUGACCGUGGGAACAACAGAGUGGGGUUGGCCCCCGCCGUCCCUUAG